AUGCCAAAAACUUACACCUCUACCCUCCAUAAAAGAAACCACCCCUUUACUAGGAUCUUGGAAGGAACCAAAAUUCGCAGAAAUAAAAGUUUGGGAAUGGCCAGCACCAACACAACAUUUGCUUUUCUUUGUCUUCUUCUAAUGUCUGAGGUUGGGAUGCUCAUGGUUGAAGCUGAAAGAGAAGAUUGCCAGACCAAGUGUGCAUUCAGGUGCAGCAAGUCAUGGAAGCCGAAGAUGUGCCUUAAAACAUGCAACACUUGCUGCCAAAGGUGCAAUGAUGGGUGCGUGCCUCCAGGCCCUACUGCUAACAGGGAUGUGUGCCCUUGCUAUGCACAAAUGAAGACGCAUGGGAAUAGAUACAAGUGCCCUUGA